AUGUUCAUCAAGAAGGCGGCUGCGACAGGGCCCAGCAGUUGGGGUGAGCUCGGUGGAAUGGGUGAGGGCUGGGGAGUCCAGGAGGUCAUAUUCAAUGGUUGCGAAGGAGAGAAGGAGGCCCUUGGUUCACUACCUCAAUUAUACGAGUGGAAUUGGGCACAUGUGGAUACGCCAUACUUGAUGUCUGAGCAUACCACCUUCAACGACCCAUCAUCUCCCUUUGGAUGGCAUUCUUUGCCUUAUUACGUGGACCCUGUUUCCGUUGGCUUCAAACCAGAACACUGCCAGAAGUUCCGGAACACCACGACGACAUGGGGCAACAAUGUCUUCGUCCAUGAGAACUGGGAAGAGCACAACAGCUGGCUGUCCAACUAUCGCCCGGAUGCUAGCGUGGACCUGGUCUUCAAUUACACGUACGCUCCCAAGGAGACGGACCGCAUGGACUCACUCGAUGAGGCGAAGAAGUACGUCAAUGCCUCGGUCACGCAGCGUUUCUACACGUCCUUCCAGCAGCAUAAUUUCAGCCGUGGCGGUAAGGAGAGCGGUGCUGUCAUCGCCAACGUGCAGGACGGCAGCGGGUAUAACAAUGUGUCAUCUCACCACAGACAGUUGUCCACGGUCCUAAUUGGAUAUUUCCACUCCCUGCGACCUACCCGAUGUUCUACUCCCGACCGACCAACAUUCUGGCAGAAAGCUGCUGUCAACAAGACGAAGCCCAGGAAGAGCCGUCGCAUGAAGCCCCGCAAUGGCGAACCUGCAGCGGACAUGGCGACUUUGCAAACUCUGCGCGACACUGGUAAAAAAGAUUGGAUGCAGUCUAAAAGCACAAGGAACUCUUACGAUGGCUACAUUCGACGGGGGAAGGACUUUUUGUUGGAGCUUGUGGGGAAGCAGAAGGCGAGCCAUCCAGGUGGUGAAGGUGGCAUUGGAGUGGAGGAUGUGGAUGGUGAACCGGUGGACUAUGAGCAGCUGCAAGUGGCAUUUGACAACCCGCCAAACCAAUACUCUGCCCUUGCUCUUGAGCUGUUCCUGGUGGAGAAAUGUUUCAAUCAAAAUCUCGGAGAAUCGACAGGGAACUCCACGUACUCUGCAUUCAAGAAGUACUGGGAGAUGAUGGCCAAUGAGACUUACCGUGGUCCGUAUGCAUACGACAAAGCCAGUGACCAUGUUUCUGGAAACCCGGCCAUGGCGGCUCGAGUGCAAGAUCUGCGUCAUGCUAUUGAGAACAAGGCACGUUCAGGAGGAGGUUCUCGGAAUCAUGCAGAGGCGAUGACCCUGGAGAACAUGACAAAGCUAAUGAUGUGGUCAGAGCAAGCAUGCCCAUCUGAAUGGACGCAACAAGAGAUCACGGACCUGGGCACCAUGCAGGAUGUCACGAAGCAUUUGAUGAUGCGUGCAUUCAUGACAUCUGGAUUCACAAUCUGGACAAGAAAUAUUGAGCUCUGUAGCCUGCAACGGAAACAUUACACCCCAGACUGCGAAGGAAAAGCGCCCUAUCAUAUACCUCAUGACCUUGUGAAACUCGAGAAUCGAAAGGGUUGGACUCGAAAGUCAGGUGGUGAUGGUGCCUUGGUAGGCAAUGUGUAUGAGAUUUACGAGCAGAAGAAGACACCGGAGAUUGACAUGUACACUCACCUGCGCCACUGGAUAUCUUUCCUCGAGACUCAUCUUCUGAACCGAAGGCUCGGACCGGAGGAGUUCAUUUUCCCAACAAUUUCUGUGAACGGAACAGUUCAGACACAGAAAGGUAUCGAUCAUGAUGUUGUGCAAAAAUAUCUCAAUGAAUUUGCCAUGGCGGUUGGUCUCCAUGUUGAAUACUCUACGCACUGUUUUCGCCGAGGUGGGGCUCAGUACCAUUUUAUGUUCUGUCCCUUAGGAGAAAGAUGGUCUCUGAGCACUGUACGCUGGUGGGGCGGAUGGGCUGAAGGAGAAAAUGUCGACACACUUAUUCGCUAUCUACUUGAUGAGUUAAACACUUAUGAGACCACACACAGUGAUGCUCUUCACCCGCUUCCACGCGAAGCUGACCGUAGCUUCAUGGGCGAUCACAUCCUGACAGCUCCGGUCACUGCUGCAGAAAUCCCGACUACGUGA